UACAUGAUUACUUAGUCAGUAAUACCCAAUUGCUAAAAAAACAAAACUAUGAUCCCAGUCUUUGCAUUGAAAACUAAAUAAAUACUCACAGAAUUUUAAGAAUUGGUCCCGUUUGGCAUCAAUUUGCUAAAUUCAUUGUCUUGCAUUAAAUUAUCAUAAUAGUCAUUAAUUUGCUAAAUUCAUUGUCCUGAUUUAACAGUAAAUUAUCAUAAAAGUUCAAACUACCAUCCAUAUCACACUACUGAUCAGAUGCCUAUUAUUAGUUCUUAUUAGUGGUGUAUUCCACAUGCUUAUUACCACAUUCACUAGAUGAGCUCCUACUAAGUCAAACAUCUAUGCAAAUGAUCUAAAGCUUCUUAGUAGUUGUUGGUUCCCGCGCUCAAUAGACCUGUUAGCAACAGGAUUAUCCCUAGCAAUUAGGUAUCCCAAAUUGUUUCCAUAAUUAUAGCAUGCAUACACACUAAUAGAUCAGAAGAGAAAAAAGACAAAGGCAAGGAAAUUUGGUAUUUCCUUGAGCAUAUCACAUCACACUUAGAAAACAAAAACAAUGGUUGACAAAAUGAAAACACCUACUGCUUCAUCAUAUCACGUGUUCAUAAACCACCGGGGCGUGGACACCAAACGGAGCGUGGCAGGGCUGCUGUACGACCGGUUGGUGCAGUUGAACCUUCGACCUUUCCUGGACAACCGGACAAUGGAACCGGGGGACAAGUUGUAUGACAUAAUCAACUCGGCUGUGCUCGGGUGCGAGGUCGGGAUCGCCAUCUUCUCCCCCCGCUACUGCGAAUCCUUCUACUGCCUCCAUGAGCUUACCCUGAUGGUGGAGUCCCGCAAGAAGCUCAUUCCCAUCUUUUGCGACGUCAAACCCUCCAGUCUCCGCCUCCAAGACAACCUCACCAACUCCACUGAAACAAUGGCCAGGUUCAACAAGGCUCUUCAAGAAGCCAAGGACACGGUCGGCCUUUCCUUCGACUCCCAGAGCGGGAAUUGGUCUGAUCUGCUGACAAGGACUGCAGACAUAGUGGUGAAAAGCCUUAACCAUGGAAGAGGACUUUGA